AUGUUCAAGAAUUCUUUAAUCUAUUUAGUAUUGUGGUUUUUAAUUCAAUUGUUAAUUGAAGUGAACUGCCAAUCAAAUACUUUUAAGCCAUCAUUUCGAUCCCUUCAUACUGCUACAUACGUUGAUGAUAAAUUAUAUAUUUUAGGCGGUCAACCAGAUAAUGGAAAUCUUGAAAAACCAGGAACCCAAUUCUUUUAUCUUGAUGUGUCCGUUCCAUUCGUAAACAAUCAAGGAUUAAAAUGGAAUGACAUAUCAAACAUUAACAUCAUUCCAGGGCAUGUUGCCGCUACAACUGCCACAAAUGGCAUAAAUAAUACUACAUUUUUUCUAUAUGGAGGGUCUUCGUCUGACGGUCAAAUGGCUACAGUGUAUACAUUUGAUACACGAAACAAUAAAUGGAGUGUUGCUCUUGUUAAUUACAACAUUCACAAAGACAGCCUAAAAGGAAUCGUGAAUAAUGGAAAAAUGUAUUUAUUCAGUGGUUUGAUUAAUGGUGUACAAACCAACGAUAUGCUUAUCUUUGAUACCAUCAACUAUAUUAUUUCAUUCGGUAAUUUGGAUAAUGCCCCAUCUCCGAGGAGACAUUACGGCGCAGCUUUGUUGGACGGUCAAUUCAUUGCCUAUUUCGGUGGCGAAGAUUUUAUGCAACAAUUACUGAUGAGCGAGAUCUACCUCUAUGACACAAUUAAUGAUAAUUGGACCAUUAGAUUAGCUACGGGAAAAAUUCCUAUCAAUAGGUCAGGUUUCUCCACCGUUCUUGGAUAUACCGGUACAGAAAAAGACCCUAACAGUGGGCUCUACGUAUUAAAUUUAACAAGUUAUGAAUGGUCCAUUCCAAAUGUUUCUGGAAACCAGCCACUUGUCAGAACUUGGCAUCGAGCAAAUGUGAUUGGAAAAUAUAUGGUGGUAACAUUUGGACGUUAUAAUUUUGAAAAUUUAGAUACGAAGAUAAAUAAUGAUGUUUUAUUGCUUGAUAUUAGUGAUAAUGACGAAUAUAAGUGG